UUGAUUCAUGUUUACAUUUGUAGGUUUACUGUCCUCUCAGCGUCCGGCCAGCACUUCACGACCAUCCGUGGGAACAGCUGCAGAGAGAGCAGCGCGUUUUAGAGGCUUACAGAGGGAACCAGAGGAAACGCUUUUUGGAGGGGCAUCAGUUUCAGUUGGUGUGUGGAGGUGGGAUGAGGUUCUUCACUGAUUUGUUUGCUGUGGAGCACGGUGGCACGUCGAGAAGCUCCUGAAGCCGUCGGAAAACAGGCGUGGAGACAAACGGCUGCAGCAUCUUCCAACACCAAUUUCCUCAUCAAUGUAGGAGCAACACUACGGGAUGGGACUACCUCUGGACGGCCCAGAUGCAAACAACGAGCUGGGAGAGGAGGAGGAAGGAGGUGAAAGCCAAACAGAGACCUACAUCCCCUUCCGGCCGCCACCCACCACCAAGAAGAGAAGGAAAUACAAGAGGAGAUUGGCUAUCAACCUCACCAGCUGCAAAUAUGAAAGCGUGCGGCGAGCGGCCCGCCGGUACGGCCUCAAGGAGACGGGGGAAGACGAUGACUGGGCUCUGGUUUGGACUGACUUCUCCGUGUCUCUGGACCGUGUUAGGGACAUGAAGCGUUACCAGAAAAUAAACCAUUUCCCAGGGAUGAGUGAGAUCUGCCGCAAAGAUUUCUUGGCGAGGAACUUGAACCGCAUGCUGAAGCUUUUUCCUAAAGACUAUAAUAUCUUCCCCAGAACAUGGUGCCUCCCCGCAGACUACAGUGACUUCCAAGCCUACACCAGAGCCAAAAAACACAAGACUUACAUCUGCAAGCCAGAUACGGGGUGCCAAGGUAAAGGCAUCUUCAUCACAAAGUCCACUAAAGACAUACAGCCUGGGGAGCACAUGAUCUGCCAGGUUUACAUCUCUAAGCCAUUCAUAAUUGACCGAUUCAAGUUUGACCUGAGGCUUUAUGUGCUGGUGACGUCAUGCGACCCGUUCAGGAUAUUCAUGUUUAAGGAAGGCUUGGCUCGCUUUUGCACCAGGAAGUACAACGAGCCCACGCAAAGCAACGUGGAGGACGUAUGCAUGCACCUCACAAACUACUCCAUCAACAAGAACAGUGAGAACUUUGUCCGCGACGAAAACUGCGGCAGCAAACGAAAGCUGUCCAGCCUCAACCAGCACCUCGAGCACUUGAACUGCAACACGGAGAAGAUGUGGAACGACAUCGAGGACAUCAUCAUCAAGACUCUGAUAUCGGCUCACCCCAUCCUGAAGCACAACUACAACACGUGUUUUCCCAACCACAUCUCCUGCAGUGCCUGUUUCGAGAUCCUCGGCUUCGACGUGCUGCUGGACCACCGGCUCAAACCCUGGCUGCUGGAGGUUAACCACUCGCCCAGUUUCACCACGGACUCUCCGCUGGACCGGGAGGUGAAGGACGCGCUCCUGUUGGACACUCUGGUUCUCAUCAACCUGGGCGCCUGCGACCGACGCAAGAUCAUCAUGGAGGAGAGACGCAGGGUGAAGGACAGGCUGCAGCAAAACCGCUCCAGAGAGGCCAGGUCAGAGGAGCUGCGGCAGAGCCAGGCGGCCACGGUGGAACAGAUGGAGGAGUACGAGGCCAAACACCUGGGGGGCUUUAAACGGAUCUACCCCAGAGACGGGGGCGAGAAAUACGACAAGUACUUCAAACACAGCAGCUCGCUCUUCCAGGAAACGGCUGCGUCCAAGGCCAGAGAGGAGUGUGCCAGGCUGCAGCUGCAGGAGCUGCGGUUGAAGCAGGAGGAGAAUGAGCGCCACUUGAAGGUGAACAGAAGGAGAGAAACGCAGGGGGAGACGGCAGGGGAGCGGAUCAAACCCCGGCCGGCGCCACCGCAGCCUCCCCGUGACCUGCUGCCUUCGGAUCUGCCCCACGUUGGCGCUCAGUCGGAUAUUUCUGGAGCUUUUGUGGGUUUAGAAGCUCCAGAACUCCUAGAUGAGGUGGACGAGGCAGAGGAGCAGGAGCGGCACGAUUCCCUGCUCCAGAGACAGAAACUAGUGGAGGGCCUGGGGGUGGUGGGCAAGGUCCAUGAGCUGCUGCAGUACCGGCCAGAGGGAGGGGGCCUCUACCAUUAUUCCACAGACAUCGGCUGUCAGAGUCAGCAUCAGAGGAGAGACAUGAACUUCCUAAUGCACUACCCUGACAAGUACAGAUAUCAGAGGAGCCUGAACGAGCACGCCUGCCUGCAACUAGACGUGGAGAGCCUUUACAGGAUGGGAGAGGGCCACAGGACCUCCGGCACCCACCUGGGACCCUAUCAAGUUAACAGCACCACGGACGCCUCAAAGUCCAGAGGAAGGGUCCCCGUCAUAAACCCCACGAGGGGUCUGCACUGUGACAACUCGUCCAACCACACCGCAGACCUGCCGAGCCUCCUCAUCGUCUCCACGCGCGUCCCGCUGCUCCGGAGGCCUGGCUUCUCUCCCAUCGACCACAGCUCCCCCCGGAGAGUCCCCCGGCCCUAUAAAAGACUCUGAGGAGCGGGGCCGCCGACCUCCGAAGCCCCUCGAAGGAGGACCGGGAGAUCCAGGCGGGGUCUGUGCAGGAUUUGUUAAAGCACCUGGGUGGUGGUGGAGGCAGAGCAAUAUUUAACUGUGAAAGUAAAAUACACAGUGCCUAUAUGAAAAAAAUGCUGUAAUGGAUUUUAUAUCUGCGAAGCUCAAGUUUACACUCCUUUAAUAAAACGGCCCACACAAAUAUGAAGUUUUAUAUCAGAUAAAACCCUCGUUGAGUGCCAUGAUAAAAGAAAAAAAAAAUCAGUUAUCUGCUAUAUAGAAAAAGAGAUAUGUAUUUAAUCUGAGAACAUUUUAAAUAAAGAAACUGGGUUAUUGAAAUCAGA